AUGCGACGUUUGUUCUCCUCACCAAAAAGGGCCAGUGAAGGCUGGCACAGUCCGAAGGAGAAAUCUUAUAAAUUUGGAGGGUUGAGAAGAACCAAAUCCUCCAAGAUUGUCCAGGAAGAUAUAGAACCUACGCUUACAGCGUCUUACUGGGAUGACUUGCCGGUCGAGAUUCAAAUUUCGAUAUUCAUGGAAUGUGGUGUACACGACUUUUUAUCUCUGAAACUUGUCUGCCGUGGUUUUUGCGAGGUCCUGGCCGUACACGAACUAGCUAUCGCUCAAAGAUACUUACGACGUCGACGUCAUGGUACGCUUCCAUCUACUACCAACCACGAGCGGACAUACACAAUGAACCCCGAGGACGACGUCGUUCUUCUUUCCGACUUGUUCCCUCCUGCAAAGAGUGCCAAGGGUGGCUACCUAUACACAUUUAGAUACCUGCAUACUCUGCGACGCAGGCAGGAUGUUUGUGCUCGACUGUCUUACUACUUAGCAAAUCGCGUGAUGGACAAUUUCUUUGAUUCCCAUCAAAGCCUCGUCAAGUCCAGGUUUCCUUCAAAAUCAGAUCGUGAUCUGAUGUUUGAACGUGGAACCGCGCAAUUGCAAUUCAGGCUCAUUCCGCUAACAUACUGCGUUGCUUACUUCUUGGAGACAUACGCCUCUGCUCGAAAGGAACAUUUGAAUCAUUUACUACGAGAAUACGAAGCUGGGAGGCUGCCUGUGCCUAUUCCUUUGCAUGUGCGCAGGGAUAUGUUUAUUAAAUUACAAACAAACAUCCUUCGCUCUCCUCCAUUCACCGAUACGCCAACACUUAUUGCCACUCACCAUUGCAUGUAUUUGCUUAUUAUAUGUCUUCUACGUACUUUGCCCAUACCCCAUGGGCAUGGCGAUCGUGUUGAUCCACACUGGAUUGGCGGGCUUCUUACGGUAUCUGGAUUCGGAAGGAUUGUUGAGUACUUUUCUGCUGAGAUUGGAGAUGGAGUUCAAACUCGGACACAGCGUAGAGAUUUCAUGAUUAACUUUGAAAGGGACAUGGAUCUCAACGCGCGAGAGGAGAUGCAUCCAUGCGUCUACUUGCCUCCACCAAGUGGUCAACCCCAUCAUUCCUCUGUCCAAGAAGUUUGGCUUGAUGCUGCUGGACGCGAAUUGAGCUCUAGACCCGUUAUUCCGCAUGACUCGGAAAGAUUUACCAUCUGGGACGGAAUUCCAAUAUUCAUAGGGUGUGGCCAGUGCCAGGAACCUGAUGGCUGGAUGGCUUUUUAG